AUGGAGGAAGCACCUAUCAGUGAUGAAGCGGCCGCGCAGGUCGGAAGCGAAAGUCUAUACGCCAUCCAAGCCGUUCCUGGCAAGGGAAUUAGCCUCAUCGCCACCACGAAGAUCCUCAAGGGCGCUCGUAUCCUUUCUGAGCUUCCUAUUUUCAAGGUCUCGUAUGCAGAAAGCAACCGUCAGGUUCUCGCCAAUCAUAUUGCCAACAAGCUGAAGGACCUAGACGAGGCUAAACAACGAGGAUUUCUGCAUCUUCAGAAUGUCUACGGCCUCGAUGAUGGCCUUUUCCUUGGGAUUGCCAGGUCUAAUGUGAGCCCCUUGGGCCCUGGAGCCUCCGAAGGUGGUCUCUUCCUCGACGCAGCUCGCAUCAAUCACUCUUGUCGACCCAAUGCGCAUAAAAGCUGGAACGAGAAUCUUCAGCGCCUCACGGUCCACGCAGUCCGUGAUAUCGAACGAGGACAGGAGAUUACCAUUUCAUACCUGGGCGAAACGUUGAGUUAUAUCGAGCGCCAAGCGAUCCUGAAACAACGUUUCCGUUUUGAUUGCGGAUGUGAUCUCUGCUCGGCGACGCAGUUCCAACGCUUAAAGAGCGACAGCAGGAUUCGAACGAUUCAACAGGCUCACGCCAUCCUCAUCUGGUACAAAGGCGGAGCUUUCAUGCUCGACUACGAAGAUGCGCUUACUCUCACGCGCGGCAUGCUAACGGCAUUCGAAAAGGAGGGCGCCUGCGAUGUUCGCUUCCCGAGCGUGUACCUGACCGCAUUUCAGGUAGCGAUCAAGAAUGGGGAUACAGCAAGGGCCAAGAUCUUUGUUGAGAGAGCAUAUGCGGCUAGAGUUUUGGUGGAAGGCGACGACAGUCCAGAGGCUGAGAAGGUGGCGGCGCUUGUCGAGCAACCUACACUGCACCCGCUUUAUAAGCCGAGCGACGACGUGUCUGAGGUUGAGAUUCCUCAGGGAGUGAGCGAGGCCGAGUUUGAAGACUGGCUUUGGCAACAACGCUUUCCUGUUAGUGAGGACGAGGACGAGGAUGAGGACGGCCUUUGAUGCACCAAAUACUGGCUCAAGUGAUGG